CAUUCCAUUUCCGUACACAAAUCUUCUCAACUGAUGACGUGUGCGUUGCACAAAACUCAACUUGUUUUCAGUUUCACAAUAAAACCGGCUAAAGGUAUUCUUCUAUAGACCGAGGGUAUUUUUGUGGAUUGUGUCUUGAAACAUAAAAGGAAAAUGGAGACAUUGUACCAUCAAACAAAUAAGCAAAUUCAGGAGGUGCAGUCGCUCAUGGGACGCCUGGAGAACUCAGAUCGUCAGUCUGUCCACUUGUUGGAGAAUGAUCUGCAGGCCAGAAUCGACCAGAUCUUCAGCCAUUUGGAACGUCUGGAAAUGCUGGCUGGCAAAGAACCGCCAAACCGCCGUCAGAACGUCAAACUGCGGGUAGACCAGCUGAAGUAUGAUGUUCAGCUCCUCCAGACGGCGCUGAGGAACUUCGAGCACCGUCGCUACUCACGAGAGACCCAGGACCGAGAGAGGGAGGAGCUCAUGAGUCGUACCUUCACCACCAACGAUGCAGACACCUCCAUCCCCAUAGACGAGACGUUGCAGUUAAACUCCAGCCUGAACAACGCACACAAAGGCAUGGACGAUCUCCUGGGCAGCGGCAGCAGCAUCCUCACCGGACUCCGGGACCAGAGGGACACGCUCAAGGGGACCCACAAGAAGAUGCUGGAUGUGGCCAACAUGCUGGGUCUGUCCAACACGGUGAUGAGGCUGAUCGAGAAGAGGGCCACCCAGGAUAAGUUCAUCAUGAUUGGAGGGAUGCUGCUCACCUGUGUGGUCCUGUUCCUGGUGGUCAAGUACCUGGGCUGACCAUGACCACGUCCGCAACCACAGUUUUGCGUUGGUCUUGGACAUUUUUGCACAGGAAGCCCAUAAGAUAUGUGAACAGUGAUAAAAUAGGCUCGUCUUCAAAGCGGAGAGUUCCUUGAAAGUAUUGGUUCCGAUCGGAAGGCGAGGAAUUAUCUGUCUUCUAAUUUCCAUGGGUUUUGUCACCCACUUCUAUAUCAACCACUCUUUGUUUGCACCAGUAAAAUGUGUGCUAAGCAAGACAUACACCCCGAGUGUACAACACAUUAAGGACGCCUUCCUAAUGUUGAGUUGCACCUUUUGCCCUCAGAACAGCCUCAAUUCAUCUGGGCAUGGACACUACAAGGUAUUGAAAGCGUUCCACAGGGAUGCUGGCCCAUGUUGAUUCCAAUGCUUCCCACAGUUGUCAAGCUGGCUAGAUGUCCUUUGGGCGGUGGACCAUUAGUGAUACACAUGGGAAACUGUUGAGUGUGAAAAGCCCAGCAGCAUUGCAGUUCGACACAAACCGGUGCGCCUGGCAGCUACUACCAGACCCUGUUCAACGGCACUUUUUUGUCUUGCCCAUUCACCCUAUGAAUGACACACAUACACAAUCCAUGUCUCAAAGCUUACUUUUUUUUAACCCAUAUCCUCCAUGUAUAGUGCUUGAAGUGAAUUUAGCAAGUGACAUCAAUAAGGGAUCAUAGCUUUCACCUGGUCGGUCUGUUAUGGAAAGAGCAGGUGUCCUUAAAGUAUAGACACAGUGCAAAACAUUCAUUUUACUUCAAACUGAACGUAGAACCUUACAACCAUAAUUCCAGCUCACUGACACCUGCCAGUCAUCCACAUGACAGCCUCUGUGUGAAGCUGUCGGUGGGUGAGAAGGACAUUUCAAUGUGACUGGUUACCUUUUUUUCAAACCAAUUCUCCACUUUGCUUGCCUUAGUCUCCCCUAUAAUGAGUUCUCCGUUACCUUGUGGAUGGCAUUCAUUGUGGUUUCAUCUAAACCAUCUAUUUGAAGCAUCAUUUUACUGUUUGCUGCCAUUGUUCCCAAAUGAGGAUGAUUCUUAAAAUGGAUGAAAAGCUGAUGUUUUUACCUUACCUCAUCACACUGCCUAUAGAAUACUUAUGUCAGAUUAAUCAAUACAUGUAUUUAGUCCAGGGAGGAAGAGGCCAGUUAACAGGGACCUGUGCCCAAGAUACAGACCGAUAGUGAGAACAAAACAUGUAUUGUUGUCACACUUUCAAAAUGUAAAUUAUCUGGACAUUUUCUUGGCCCGUCUCACAAUGUUGGUUCAAAUUGUAAUUCUCUGGAAAUAAUUUUUAAAAACUUGUCUUAAUCUGUC